AUGGAAGAAUUUGGCGAGAAGUUUUACGCGUAUGUGACGCCAUGCAUAAUCCUCAUAGGGCUUUUUGGUAACUCUCUCUCCCUAAGAGUUUUUCUGUCGAAGAACCUACGAAGCAUGUCUGCUAGUAGAUAUCUUGCCGCCUUAUCUACAGCAGAUCUCUGCACGUUGGUGUUUUAUGUGUUUUGUGAAUGGUUAAGGAGAGGAGUCUCAGUUAUAUUUCCGGAAUUUGAGAUAUCCUUCUUUGAAUUUCGCGGAGUAUGCCAAACUUGGAAUUACAUUCAUUACACUUUCAGAUUAAUUUCAUCGUGGUUAAUUGUAGCCUUUACUUGUGAGAGAUUUAUUGGAGUUUGCAUGCCAAUGCGACGAAGAAAUUUAGGUUCUUUAAAGGAUACAUCGCGGAUAAUCUGUGGAAUUUGUUUUGUUUCGGGAUUAGUUGCACUGUAUAAACCAAUAAUGAGUGAUGUUCAAAAUUUUAGGGGAAAACAAACAUGUGCAAGGAACUCUGAAUUCGCUUCCGAGUCGUUCGUUUUAGAUAUUGCGUACGCUAUUCUCAUUGCAAUGGUGCCGUUCUUAAUUAUAACUACCCUUAACAUUUUAAUCAUCAGGAAACUCUUAAAACGGCAAAGAAGCUUAAGAUACAAUUUUAUCAACACAGAAUGCCACAUUCGACUCGAAUUUACCCUUAUCCUGUUGGCAAUUUCAUUUUUCUUCAUAGCCUUUAACCUGCCGUAUUUUGUGAUUUGGGUCAAGCAAUAUAUAGAAACCUAUAUGAAUUCAAAAUCGAGCGACAUGGAACUUGAGGACAUUCAAUCUUUCCAAUACUGGAGGGGCGUGCUUCUUAUUACACGAACCAUAUUUUACAUGAACUAUUGCAUUAACUUCUUUUUAUACAGUGUUACCGGUGCCUAUUUUAGGCGGGAACUAAGAAUGUUGUUCUUUGGAUCACAUGAUCGAUCAAGAUAUGAAGAGUGUAAUAGAACAGCCACGGGAACAAACAAUAAAAAUUUUCUUCUUUUACACUACUGGUUUGUGAAUGACAGGAGGAAUUACUGGUUUGUGAAUGACAGGAGGAACUACUGGUUUGUGAAUGACAGGAGGAACUACUGGUUUGUGAAUGACAGGAGGAAUUACUGGUUUGUGAAUGACAGGAGGAAUUACUGGUUUGUGAAUGACAGGAGGAAUUACUGGUUUGUGAAUGACAGGAGGAAUUACUGGUUUGUGAAUGACAGGAGGAAUUAA